CUCGCUCAAGCGCCCGUCACUUCGCCACGCCUCUCUGUGGGCGGAGUCAGCGCGGCCUGAUAGCGGCGCGAGCGCCUCGCACACAAUCACAGCUACACUGAAGACUGCUGCAGGAUGGAUCGAGGAUAUUCUUCAGGAUUCUCUGGCUGGGGGGGAUCAGGAGGAGGAGGAUCGUCCAGAGGCUCGGGGGGGUAUGACCUGUAUGGAUAUAAGGACUCCAUGUCCGGCGGCGGGUUCGGAGGAGGCGGGUACGGAGCCGGCGAUCGGGUGAAGAGGGGGCUCUCCGGGGGGUCCCUGCUGUCCUCCGGCGGCUCCAACGCAGACGACGUCAUCGCUAAGAUCAACCAGCGGCUGGACAUGCUGACGCAGCUGGAGGGAGGCAUGAAGAGCGGCGCUCGCGCAGACAGGUUUGCCCAAUACGAGUCUUUCGACUCGCGCUCCACCUCCCUCGCCCCCCGAGAUCUCUACAGAUCCGGUAGCUAUGGUCUCAGCGACUCCCGGGGCGACAUGAUGUCCCAGCGCGGAGGCGUGGGCUUUGGGGUCAUGGGCGGAGCCGGAGGGGGCGGCGGCUUUGACGGCUCUGCCUUCGGAUCUGGCAAAAUGCGGCUGACUCGAGACUCCUCCUUCUCGGGCUCCGGCUGGGGGGCGGGGCAGAGAUCCCCGCGCAGGAACCGAUCGGCCGGGGGGCGUGGCUUCGGCCGCAGGCAGGACUCCUCCUCCGCUGGCAUGGGUGGAGGAAGUGGGCGGGGCGGAGGCCACCAAGGCCACUCCCCCGCGGGGCGAGGAAAGCUGCCCUCGCUCCUGGCCAAUCGCAUGUACCCCGACAGCGGGGCCUUCCUCAGGGGGCCCCAGGACUUCCCUGCGUGGAACUUUGGAGGGGGCCCGAGGGCCAACCGGCACCCGCAAGAGACCCCAGAACCGAGUAAGUACCGCCCGCUCCCUGCGGGGGGUCAAGUGAAAGCUCAGCGCGACGGGCAGAAGAAGAGGAAACAGACUCUGAGCGCAGCUGACGAGCCCGAGUCCAAGAUGGGCAGAACCGAACCCGCGGGAGACACGACGGCCACCGAUGCUGCAGCAGGAGAACAGACGCAGGAGUCCGAGGAGCCCACCGCCGCUGCUGACUCCAAGACAGAAGACGGAGGAGAGAGUGCUGCGCCAUCCAAUCAGGACGAGAGUGCCAAGGGAAAGGGAAAGAAGACUCCGCCCUCCGCGGCCAAAGUCAGGAAGAGGAGAGGCUUCUUUGAAAGGUCAGGGGUCAAAGUUUCAGCACACAGGAUGACGUUCGCCUGCUCCGUCUGCAAGUUCCGCUCGUUCUACAGCGAGGACAUGGCCGCUCAUCUGGAGAGCAAGUUCCACAAGGACCACUUCAAGUUUCUGUCCAAUCAGCUGUCGAAGCCCACCACCGACUUCCUGCAGGAGUAUCUGAAUAAUAAGUACAAGAAGACGGAGCAGCGAGUGAGUCAGAUGGACAGCCACAGCUCCGUCAUCUGCCAGGUGUUCAAAGAGCAGGAUCUGACGCGAGAUCUCGGCAUGGAGCACUUCAUGAAGAAGGUGGAGGCGGCUCACUGCUCGGCGUGUGACGUCUUCAUCCCCAUGCAGUACACGCUGAUCCAGAAGCACCUCAAGUCUCCUGACCACAACUACAAUCGCAAGGGCAUGAUGGAGCAGUCCAAGAGGUCCAGUCUGUCCGUGGCGCGCAGCAUCCUCAACCACAAGGUCAUCGGCAAGAAGCUGGAGAGCUACCUGAAGGGUGAAAACCCGUUCAACGGUAACCAGGACGACCAGGAUCCCGAGGACUCCAUGGUGAUGGAGGUUUCUGAGGCCGAACUCACCAAUGAGAGCCUGAGUGAGAUCAAACAGGAAGAGGAGGGGCCUCUGGCGGAGGGGGCGGAGCCUGUAGCUGAAGCCUUUGGAAAUGGGGAGGAGCAUGAAGAGGAUGUGAAGAUGGAGAUGGGUGGAGCAGCGGAGGAGGGUGUGGAGGGCGAGGAGGGCGUUAAGGGCGAGGAGGAGGGUGUUGAAGUGUGGGGCGAGGAGGAGGAGGGUGUUGAAGGUGUGGAGGGUGUUGAGGAGGAGGAGGGUGUUGAAGGUGUGGAGGUGGGUGAGGAGGAGGCGGCUGAGCACGGUGUUGAUGAUCCAGACGCAGGAGCGGCGGGAGACGCUGACGCCGCACCGGCCGAGUAAUCGUUAAAUAAACCGCUGAUUAGUGUCCAUUUGAAGAAUCACUUCUACAUCCUUAACCUUUGAACUUUAUAUGAAAGCUGACCCUGGAUCAGGGCAGAAAUGCAGCCUGAGGACCAAUCAGAAUAAAGCCCGCCUCGUGUUCGUCCAAUCACGGGCUUGCUCCGCCCCUCUACGCCUGUGUGUUUGGUCUGAUUAGAUACACUCGUCAUGUGACUGUUGAGGUGCCUCUUGAGAUGAUUUCAGUUCGUCACGUCUUUACACGCUGAAGUAAAACAUUUAAUUUCCUUCUGAUUUUGUUUUGUUUGUUUCGUUUGGUUUAAUGGAUGUUGCCCUGUAGAGCAGAAAUAAAAAUGCUUUAAUUUUGCA